AUCUUUCAAAGUUUCAAAUCUUCAGAAUUGGCCCAAAUUUUAAAGCAUAGGGUCAUCAAAGACUUAAAGUCAAAUCUUCAUUUCAUAGCAAUAACCAUAAAAGUAAGCGAGUUUAGACCAAUUGAGCCGUGUCACCAAACAGAAAAGUAACAAAAAUCCCCAAUUAUCCUCAUUUCUUCAUCUUCCAUCUUCUUCCCCAACGUAAACCCUAACUUUCCACUUUCUCUCUCCUCACAAAACCCCCCAAAUUCUCCAUGAUUUCCACGAAUUAACCCCAAAUUCCUCUCAAAUUCUUCACCGUCAACCAUGUCGGAACCUUCAAUGGCGGUAAUUUCUCCGACGAGCUCUCGGGUGGUGACGGAAACUGUAAAUGGGUCCCACAAGUUCGUGAUCCAAGGUUAUUCUUUAGCUAAAGGUAUGGGCGUCGGAAAACACAUUGCAAGCGACAAUUUUAGCGUUGGAGGUUAUCAAUGGGCGAUUUAUUUUUACCCAGACGGUAAAAAUCCUGAAGAUAAUUCAGCUUAUGUAUCGGUUUUUAUCGCUUUAGCUAGUGAGGGUACCGAUGUUAGGGCGUUGUUUGAGCUGACUCUUGUUGAUCAAGGUGAUCAACCGAAGCAUAAAGUUCAUAGCCAUUUUGAUCGAUCCUUGGAAAGUGGGCCCUAUACUUUGAAGUAUAGAGGGAGUAUGUGGGGAUACAAGCGCUUCUUCAAGAGGAGUAUGCUUGAAGUGUCAAGUUAUCUUAAGGAUGACUGUCUGCGAAUUAAUUGUACUGUUGGUGUUGUAGUGUCAUCAGUUGAAUGUCCUCGAUUGCACCCGAUCCGGGUUCCCGAGUCUGAUAUGGGAAUGCAUUUUGGCAUGCUGCUUGAAAACACGGAAGGUUCAGAUAUCGUUUUUGUUGUGGCUGGAGAAAAGUUCCAUGCACAUAAAUUGGUCUUGGCUGCUCGAUCACCUAUAUUUCGAUCUGAGUUUUUGGAGAAAUUAGAGGAAGGGAAAGAAGAGAUUAUUGUGAAUGACAUGGAGCCAAAAGUUUUCCAGGCUAUGUUGCACUUUAUAUACAGAGAUGAUCUUGUGGAAGAGGCGGACCUCGCUCAACUAAGUUCCUCCUGUGAGUCCCAUAUAGCUGACUUGUUAAUAGGUAAGUUGUUGGCAGCAGCUGACAAAUAUGGGCUAGGAAGGCUCAGACAGUUGUGUGAAUCUUCCUUGUGCAAAGGUAUAUCUGUCCAUACAGUUGGCGAGAUUCUUGCAUUAGCUGAUUGCCAUAAUGCCACCGAGUUGAAGGCCGUUUGCUUAAGAUUUGCAGCUGAAAACCUUGCAGCUGUUAUGCGCUCUGAUGGCUUUGAAUAUCUCAAGGAACACUGUCCGUCAUUGCAGUCCGAGCUCUUGAAGACGGUUGCUGGCUGUGAGGAUGAUUGCAGUAGCGCUGGUGGAAAGUCUCGGAGCGUAUGGGCCCAACUCUCAGACGGUGGUGAUACUAAUGAUAGAAGAGUUAGACCGAGGACCUGAUAUUGCAUAUUGUAUGUACCAGUGAUUCCUACAAUGGUGUUUGAUGUAUUAGAAAAAAAAGCGCAAUUGAGCAUGUUCGACACCUUCAUUGUUGUGACAUGUGUGUACAAGUGGUUUAGCCUUGAGGUCGUUGAGUUAAAGCUUAGGGUGUGUGUUGUUGGUACCAAAGUGUGUUGAUUAGUAGUUAUGAGCAUCUGCAAAUUGUUCAUGCAGAAAGCGGAAUGCCAAUGUAAAAAUGACCUCAUUUUUCUUUCAAUUGCAAUACUUGCCUGAUUUCAAGGUUCCCCUUU